AUGGCCUCUUUCAAGAACCUCCUAGUGCUCCUGACUGCCGCCACUCCGGCCAUUGCUGGUUUGGGCAAGAUUGGCACUACCGCCAACCUCAAGGGUAACCCCCUCGGCGCGGGCAAGGACCUCUGCGAGAACAUUGGCUACACUGGCCCUGUCGGUGAUGUCUACAAGCGUCCCCUGCUCGAGGACUGCAAGAAGCUUCUCAGCGACGCCGAGAACAUGCACGACAACGAGGUCUUUCGCGUAGAGGGUGUCUGCGAGAACAACAAGAAGGACUGGGAGCUCCACUGGAGCUUCCAGACUUGCGGUCUCUUCCUCCGUCCUGACACCACUGUCGUGUACGAGGACAAGAACCGCAUCUACUGGAUGGGCAAGCAAGACGUGGUCGAGCUCCUUCGCAUGGUCACCACCGGCAACAACAUCCGCGAGGGUCGUGUUCAAGCCCAGGGCGAUGCCUUCAACUGCCUCGUCACGGAUCUCGAGGAGUACCCCGUCGCCAAGCAGUACAUGGAGUUCCUCAUCGACAACCCUGCCAACUUCGAGUUUCCAUUCCGCACUCCUUGCCAAGACAUCUAG